AUGUCUGACAGUGCUUUAUCACCUGGCCAGACCAACGGGAUUCAGCCAAAACUUGUUUUCAACCAAGGGUCGUCGUUUCAGCUUGGUGCUCCUGACCAGAUGCGGCCCACAACAAACACUGAAGCAGAGAUUGGAAUGAAGGAAACGCUUCACGAUGGCUCCACGGACAUGCACCCCCUAAGUUCCUAUUCAAUGGACAACAGCGUAGUUUCCUCAUCUGACAAUGCUGAUAUUGAGCUUAGCAGUUUGGAUCUUGGCUUUAACUCGUCUUCCAGCUUGGACUUGAUAGGUUCCCGGGUCAUAGCCAGUUCUUUGGUACUGAAGGUGGUCAUAUCCAUGGCUACUUUCAGUGAUAUUUGUUUUACUAGAGCAAAAGAAGUACAACCACAUAUCCAGACGUUAUAG